AUGGCAGAAAACACCUCCAUUUCCAAUAACAGUGGUAUUGUGGAAUUCAACCACCAUUUAGUCACUGAUCAAGAAACAAGGAUGAGUGGAUCUGGUGGAUCAAAUAGUGGUGGAACAUCAAUCGGUAAUCCAACUGCUAGUGUAAGCACGGUCAGUGUUUUAUUACCGAGCGGUGGUGGGACGAAACGAAGAAGUGCUGUAGGCAGUAAUAGCUCUCACAAUGGUGGUUCUGCUUCUAACUCUGCAUCAAUAUCUGCUGAUUUAGCUUCACUUUUUGAAUGCCCUGUUUGUUUUGAUUAUGUGUUACCCCCGAUAUUGCAAUGCCAAAGUGGCCAUUUAGUUUGUAGUACAUGUCGACCAAAACUCAACUGUUGCCCAACAUGCCGUGGUCCACUAGGCAACAUACGCAACUUAGCCAUGGAAAAAGUAGCUUCAACAGUCAUGUUUCCCUGUAAAUAUUCAUCAUCGGGUUGCCCUGUAUCUUUGUUGCAUUCUGAAAAAGUCGAACAUGAAGAACUAUGUGAAUGUCGCCCUUACACUUGUCCAUGUCCAGGUGCUUCAUGUAAAUGGCAAGGUGGGUUAGAACAAGUCAUGGAGCACUUGAUGGUUGCACAUAAAUCUAUAACAACAUUACAAGGAGAAGAUAUAGUAUUUUUAGCUACUGACAUAAAUCUUCCCGGCGCAGUGGAUUGGGUCAUGAUGCAAUCAUGUUUUGGCCAUCAUUUUAUGCUCGUACUUGAAAAGCAAGAAAAAUAUGAAGGGCACCAACAGUUCUUUGCUAUUGUACAAUUGAUUGGUAGCCGAAAGCAAUGUGAAAAUUUUGCAUAUAGGCUAGAACUUAAUGGACAUCGAAGACGUUUGGCAUGGGAGGCAACACCAAGAAGUAUACAUGAAGGAGUUUCAACAGCAAUUUUGAAUUCAGACUGUUUGGUAUUCGAUACAAGUACAGCACAGCUCUUUGCGGAUAAUGGAAAUUUAGGAAUUAAUGUUACAAUAUCAACAAAUGUAUAA